AUGGGGGAGAUUAUGCUCAUGCAGAUUGGGCAAUGCGGGAACAACAUUGGCACCAAGUUCUGGGAGGUGAUCUCUGAUGAACAUGCCAUCGACUCUGCUGGCACCUACCACGGGGACAGCGACCUGCAGCUGGAGCACAUCAACGUGUACUUCAACGAGGCCAGGGGUGGCUGGUACAUGCCCCGUGCUGUGCUCGUGGAUCUGGAGCCGGACCCCAUGAACUCGGUGCACUCGGGGCCCUUGGGGCAGAUCUUCAGGCCAGACAACUUCAUCUUUGGUCAGUGUGGGGCCGGAAAAAUCUGGGCCAAGGGGCACUACACAGAAGGCAUGAAACUGAUGGAAUCAGUGAUGGACGUUGUCAGAAAGGAGGCUGAGAGCUGUGACUGCCUGCAGGGUUUCCAGCUGAUCUACUCCCUGGGUAGGGGGACUGGGUCUGGGAUGGGUACACUUCUUAUUAGUAAGAUCUGGGAGGAGUAUGCAGACAAGAUCAUAAACAUAUUCAGUGUCCUGCCCUUGCCCAAGGUGUCACACACCGUCGUGGAGCCCUAUAAUACAACACUGUCAUUUCAUGAGCUCAUAGAAAACUCACAUGGGACAUUCUAUUUAGAUAAUGAAGCCUUACUGGACAUCUGCGAUAGCACCCUAAAACUGCCCACACCCACCUAUGGUGAUCUGAACCACCUGGCGUCUGCUACCAUGAGUGGGGUCACCACGUGCCUGCACUUCCCAGCCCAGCUGAAUGCUAACCUGCAGCAGCUGGCCCUGAACAUGGUCCCAUUUCCCCACCUGCAUUUCUUCAUGCCUAGCUUUGCCCCACUGACCUGCCAGGGCAGCCAGCAGUACCCAGCCCUGUCCGUGGCUGAGCUUACCCAGCAGAUGUUUGAUACUAGGCAUAUGACAGCCUGCGACCCCUGUCAUGGCAGCUACCUAACGGCAGCUGCCAUUUUCAGGGGGCGAAUAUGCCUGAGGGAGGUGAAGGAACAAAUGCUCAACUUUCAAAAUAAAAAUAGUUGCAACUUUGCUGACCAGCUCCCCGGUGGCAUUAAAACAGCCUUCUGUAACAUCCCACUCUGGGGCCUAAAAUCUUCGGCUGUUGCUAUUGGGAAUAACACGGCCAUCAAGGAACUCUUCAAGCGUGUCUCAGAGCAGUUUACAGCAAUGUUCAGGCGCAGGGCCUACCUCCACUGGUACACAGGUGAGGGAAUGGACGAGAUAGAUUUCAUUGAGGCCUAG